AUGGCCCGUGAGCUGGGACAGGGGGAUGAGGACAUGGAAGUUGUUGGAUGGGAUGGUGGUGCCGAAGGGCAGGAGCUGGACACAGAUUUCCAGACCGGGGAUUGCCUGGAAGUGGAGUUCGAGGAUGAUGAAGCCCCAGAUGAUGACGGAGGCGAUGAUAUGGGAGACGAGGAGGUUGGCGUCAUCCCAGAGAACGAGAUCUACUCUGAUGAGGAGGCUGGCCCAUCAGCCGAUGACGCUUUGGCGAAAGUCGUUCAUGAGGAGAGCGUGUUGUCGGUGGCCAUUUGCCCUACCGACAGGAGCAUGGUGUUGACCGGUGGACAGGAUGAUGUCGCUGUACUCUGGUCGAUAGAAGAGAAGGAUGGUGCCCUCAAGUGCAACCAAAGGUGUCGCCUGCAGGGACACACCGACUCAGUCGUGGAGGUGGCCUUCAGUACGGAUGGGGCAUAUGCAGCCACCGGGUCCUACGAUGGCACCGUGAGGAUCUGGAACUCUGCCGACGGUUCUUUGGUGCAGCACCUGGAAGGGCCCUCCAAGGAGAUCGAGUGGAUCCUGUGGCAUCCGAAGGGCCAUGCCAUCCUCGCUGGAUCCAACGACACGAUGGCGUGGAUGUGGUGGGCCCCCAGUGGCAAGGUCAUGCAGAUUUUUGCAGGCCAUGCCGCAGGUGUGACUUGCGGAUGCUGGGGCCUAGGCGGCAAGGUUGUCGUCACUGGUUCUGAAGAUCAUGGUGUCAUCGUGUGGAAUCCUCGUGCGGGAACUCCACAGCACCACAUCAGAGAGGUUCAUGAAAGCCCGAUCAUCUCUAUUUGCUCACAUCCCGAGUCGCCAAUCGUCGUGACGGGCGCCGAGGAUGCAACGGCCAAAGUUCUGCAGAUCGAGACCGGCAAGGUGCUUGAGCCCUUGCCUGGCCACAUCGAUUCCGUGGAAGCUGUUGCGUUCAGCAAUGCGCCCCCGAAAAGCACUCUCUUGCUGGCUACUGGAAGCAUGGAUGGCACUGUGCAGGUUUGGGAUGCCAAGUCCAUGGACCUCCGCUGCACCAUCAAGGAUCACUUCGAGAAGGGUGGCGUUGUCAAGCUCAAGUGGCUGCCUGGGUCGUCGUUUGGCAAUUGGUUCUGCACGUGCUCCACGGACAAGACAUUGAGACUGUUCAACGGCUUGUCUGGCGAGUGUCUCCGGACCCUACAGGGUCAUUCUGAGACCAUCUUGGGUUUCGACUUGUCCGUGGGCGAGGUGAAUGGAAAGCCACAGCUCGUUGUGGCUUCCGCGUCUGAGGACAAGAGCAGCCGAAUCUUUGUCGUGGCGUUGUGGACGGCUGGUGCUGAGGUUGGCACAAGCGUAAUGAGCCCCACAGGUGGCUACAACUCGUUUGGCCUGCCAAAUGCUCGGAAGACUCCCCCAUCUACGGAAAAGCUUUCCACAUUGGGGUUUCAUCUGCAUCAUGGGCCGUGUACAGGAUCUUCAAUUUUGUGCCCCGCGUAG